AUGCCAGUGAGGUCUUCCUCAGAUGCCAACACCAACUCCUCACAUGAAGGCGUGCUGACUAGUUUAUUGUACGAAAUGAACGGCGUUCGGGGAUUUGUGGGCGUCACCGUCGUCGCAGCGACCAACCGUCCCGAAGCUAUAGUGGAACCCAGCAUUCCUAAUGAUUUAUUUGAUGAUAAGAUUCUGCGCUGA